AUGAAGACGACAGGACAAGCCAAGGGGGCGCACCUGAGCCACUCUGCACCGGCCUCGACCAGGGCGGCCAGGAGAAUGACGCUCAUGACCCCUACGACGACCACCACUUCCCAAGCGAGCGGAGACACGAUGACGACGACCUCCCCGGCCUUCUUCGCCAACACCAAGGCCCUGCUGAGCCGACGGCUCGGCGCCAGGCGGCCGGUUUCGACCUCCUUCGAUCAUUCGCCCUCGCCACCACUCCCCUCCUGCCCCGCGCCGCCCCUGUGGCUGCCCCUCGUCGACUUCCUCUGCCACCUAGUCGAGCUCCACGGUGUGGGAAAGAUGGGGGUCUUCCGUACGAGCGCGGGCGCGAACACGGUGCGGCAGCUGCUGAAGGCCUGCGAGUGCCUGUACAGGAAGCGUGCGGGGAGGGAGGAGAUGGAGCUCCUGUUCGCGCCGUACGCGCGGGAGGUGGACGUCGUGGCGAGCGUGCUCAAGGCCUACCUCCGCGAGCAGAGCCGGCCAUUCCUCCCCGUCUCCCUCCAUGACUCCUUCCUGGCCGCUUCGGAGAUCAGCGACAUUGAUAAGCGUUUGCACCAGCUCAGAGCCGUUAUCUCUGAGCUCAGCCGAUACAGAAGGCGCAUCUUCCACCGAUUCAUUCGCUCACUCCACCGGGUGCAAGAGAACCAGGAGGAGAACAAGAUGGACGCCUCCAAUCUCGCCAUCGUGUUUGCUCCGUCUCUCCUGCGAGGCGAGGACGACGGCCUGGACAUCCUCAAGAUCCGGGCGCAGUGCCAUGUGAUCGAGAACUGCAUCCUCUACCACGCGGUCGUGUUUCAGGAAGAAGUCGAAGAGGACAGCGACGAAGGUGAUGAUGAUGAAGAAGAGGUGGUGGAGGGUGUCGAUGUACGUUUGCUCGCUGCUGCCGCCUCCUCGGUAGAUCACCUCAACACCGACGGGCCAACGAUGCUCGGUUCUCACGACUUUAAGAAGGCGGCCUUCAAUCCGUUCCACCUGGUGGCCUGCCAGCACUGCCACAAGGCCAUCCUCGGCAUAGGCCAGGCCUAUCAAUGCCAGGUGGGCGUCGCGUCUGGCUUCCGGCUCUCACCUCGCGACCCGACCUUCACACGACUGGUGACCCACAGGGUGCGACUUCGCAGUGCACAGAAAGUGUAA